AUGCCUAACCAGGUGGUGGACAACGUGCAUGAAGCCAUACGUUGGGCUACUGAUUACCUCCUCAAGGCCUCUGCUCAGCUGCCACACGCUCUCUAUGUUCAGCCGACCACAAGUGCUGGGUACGGCCAGAGGAUAUGGACACUCCACGAACGGUGUACAAGGUCACCAUCAGAUCCUGGAUCAGAUGUUGCGGGUGAAACAGCUGCUGCACUUGCUGCUUCUUCUUGCGUCUUCAAACAUCUUGACGCUCACUACUCUAAGACACUCUUAGAAACUGCAGAGAAGGCUUUCAAUUUUGCCAACAGGCAUAGGGCCAAAUACAGUGACUCCCUCCACUCUGCUGUCUGUCUUUUCUACUGCUCAUACUCUGGCUACCUUGAUGAACUACAAUGGGCUGCAGCAUGGCUUUAUCAGGCUACCAAAAAUUCUUCCUACCUCCAGUAUGCCAUUUCCACAGCAGCUGAAAACGAUUGUGACGCGUUCAGUUGGGAUAACAAGCUGCCAGGAACUAGGUAUUCAUUGGUAGCAGAUGGGGGAGAUAAAUCUGCUGCCAGAUUCGGUGAGGAAGCAAAGAGGUAUAUAUGCAGCGUGUUACCCAACUUGCAAUAUACACCAGGUGGACUUAUGUACAAGAUGAAUGCCACCAAUUUACAGUAUGUGACAACCUCAACUUUUCUAUUCACUGCCUAUAUAAAUUACAUACUUGGUGACAACCCAAAAGGAAUGUCAUACAUGGUCGGGUAUGGGGAGAAAUAUCCUCAGAGGAUCCACCAUAGAGGCUCUUCCUUGCCUAGUCUUCAACAGAAAUCUAAGCCCUUUGGUUGUGGCGAUGCUUUCCAGUCCUACUACUACACUUCUGAACCAAAUCCUAACAUCUUAAUCUUAAUUGGAGCAGUUGUUGGGGGGGCCAACCAUGAUGACGAGUUCUGCGAUGAUCGAGAUAACUAUGCCCAAUCAGAGCCUGCAACAUACAUCAAUGCACCUCUAGUUGGAAGCUUAGCAUACUUGGCUGCAAGCUUUGGAUCCUAG